UAAAAAAUGUUUGAUAUCAUAGCGACUCCUCAUCUUUUUCUCGAAAUUUAAGACAAAAUCCCGUGAAAUCAAGUGAAAAAAGUAGUUUUCGCGACACGAGAAUGGCCAGCGAUGCGAGUGACAGUAGCGAAGAGUUCUACGAUGCCGAAGAUUCGACCCCAAAUUCCUCAAAAGUGUCCAAGAAACGAUCGCCGAAGACGAAAGAUGAGCCAUUUACCUUUAUUGCGGCGCCUCCAGUCUUGCCACAGCAACAAAUCCCGUCAGAGACGAAAAUUCCCGAAACGAAGCCCGAUGCGCUGGAUAACGUGUCGUCGUCGUCAUCGACGUCAGUGACGACCACGGGAACCGUUAAGGAAACGACAGAUAACAAAAUCCCAAAGGUAGAACUUCACAAUCCUUCAGGUCAAACAAUUCCGCCUACCCCGAUUACGAUCGUCAAUAAGGAUGAUUUUCAAUUUGCGGAACCGCAGACCGUAAGAACUACGAGUCGUCAGAGAUUCAAAGAGUUGCGACAUUGCUUACAGAACGACGACGAAGAGAAUGUCGGCAACACAUUGACGCCCGAUUCGCAAAAUAGUUCCGUGGAAGGAGUUUUUGCGCCGCCAAAGUCCUCGCAUCCCUUCCGCAUUAUCGAAAAUGACGCAAUGAGCAUUCAGAGCAUGACAUCUCUCGGGCGCGUCGGAAGAAUUCUCUCUGGAAGUGUCGAUCCAUCAUCUCUCAGUGUGGGUCGCGAUUCAAACCAACUCUCGUUAUCGAGCAGCACAAGUCAAAUUCCCGCAUUCGGUGCGUGUUCAUCGACAACGCCAACAACCACAAGUACAUCAACCACGGCAUCCGGAACACCCGCCUCAUCGUCGUCGACAAGCAGUUCGAGCAAAACUGACACAUCUCGAAGCAGCACCGACAGUACCCAAACUUCUCGCGAAGAAAUCCGCUCAAAAACUGCAACGCCCAAGAGUGAAAUCGACGAAUACCCAUCAAAUAUGCCGCUUCAGGAGCCCGAUGUCAUCGCGAGCACAAAACUCGCGCACUCCAAGACAACCGACAGCAUCAUCACGAAUCGCCCAAUUCCGCCGCCGCGUCAAAAACGUCGCGGAACGACAGCAAACAAGGAUCAGUUGGCAUCAAGUAUCAACAAACCCUUGUCUAGUUCGACGGAAAAUGUCAGCACGUUACCAAAAGUUCAUCCAAAGGUCGUUCGAAGUGACAGCGCGACACAAUUAAAGCUCGUAAUGCCUCCGCCGACACAAAAUACCGAAUCUUUGCCCGAAACGACGCCGCAAACGACAACAACGAGCACAAAAACCGAGACAGAUAACGCCGCACAAGCGAUCCCAUGUAGUCCGGGCACGAUUGACGCCAUUCAGCGAGAACUUGAAAACUCGUUCGCGAAAGCGGCGACUUCUACGCCGAAUCCGGGAUCGUUUGCCGCUUUUAAACAAGGCUCAAUCGCGAGAAUCUCACAUUCGUUGGGCAAUUCAACGAAUUCCGUGGCAAUUGGGCAACAGCAGCCAAAGGAAAUGCCGCGUUAUCCGACGAAACCGAGUCCAUCGAAUAGUGCGAAAAGUAAUUCGGCGCCAGCCAGAGUCAGUGCCAUUGAUCCGAGUGAAGGAUUGGAUAUUUUCAAGGCGACAUACGGAAAGUACGUUGUGAAGCCGCAGGACGGCGAAUUCAACAAAGCAGAGGGCCCGUCACAGAGUGAAAUGGAACGAAUUCGUGCGGAUUUGUGUGAUAUUGAUCCGGCGAAGCGUGCGCAGUUUGCCAGCACGGGAUCUAAUAGCUUGGGAAAUGGGCCAAGAUACACAUCCGACGCAAGCAAAGGCGGCAAACCGCUCACGGAUCGCCGCAAGUCAGCGGGCGACGAAGAACUUCUGAAACAAUUGAACGUUUACGUGAGAACACGAACAGAUUCCGGUAAACCUUUAUCUGAUAUAGAAAUAUUAUCUCAAGUUCCUGUUAAAAAUUUAGAUACUGGUGAAAAUUUCCCGCUCUCAGCUGUGGAGGACAACAUGCCGCAGUACAUCAAUCCGCUUUCGUUGCACAUUAUGCGUCUCACGAGUCACAUUCGCGAAUCGGAUGACGAAUCUGUCGUCGCUCCCGGCUCCGAGGCACCUGUCGAAGAGGAAGAAGGCGAAAACGAGGAAGAAAGUACCGCCAUUAAACGCAAAACCGCCAAAAUUAAGCGAUUUUUCCGCUCAACCGUGGAUAAAGCUAAAAGUAUUGCUUCGGAAGUGUCACAUGCGCGUCACAAAGAAGACGUCGCCGAAACCGUGGAUCUCGUAAAUCCCGAGCAAAAUAUCAAAAUUAAGGCAUCGAGCACAAAUAAGGGUCCUUAUGAGUUUACGAAGAUCCAACAUGUGCAAGAUUUGUCCGGCGAGCAUCAAGGAGCUGUUUGGUGCAUGAAAUUCAGCCCAUGCGGCAGAUUAUUGGCAACCGCAGGGCAGGAUCGUGUUUUGCGAAUUUGGGUGCUAAAAGACGCUUAUCCCUUUUUCCAAGACAUGCGAACAAAAUACAGCACGGAAACGCGUUCAAGCCCGACGCCGUCGCAAGAAAGCCUCGUUUCGCACCAUUCGGCUGACGAGGCGAUCGCGAUGCAAGCUGCUGCCGAAAAAUGCACGGGACCCUUCAUGCCAAAGUCCUUUUGCAAUUACACGGGACACACGAGUGACUUGUUGGAUGUCUCGUGGUCCAAAAAUUAUUUUGUGCUCUCAAGUUCGAUGGAUAAAACGGUGCGUUUGUGGCACAUUUCGCGUCGCGAAUGCCUUUGUUGCUUCCAGCACAUUGAUUUUGUCACGGCAAUCGCAUUUCAUCCGCGAGACGAUCGAUAUUUCCUCAGCGGAAGUCUCGAUGGCAAACUGAGACUUUGGAAUAUUCCUGAUAAGAAGGUUGCUUUGUGGAAUGAGGUUGAUGGACAGUCGAAACUCAUUACAGCGGCGAAUUUCUGUCAAAAUGGGAAAUUUGCCGUUGUUGGAUCGUACGAUGGAAGAUGUUUGUUUUAUAAUACAGAUCAAUUAAAAUAUCACACGCAAAUUCAUGUGAGAUCGACACGCGGUAAAAAUGCUACCGGCAAGAAAAUUAGCGGAAUUGAACCUAUGCCAGGCGAAGACAAAAUCCUCGUAACAUCGAAUGACUCUCGGAUACGUUUGUACGACCUACGUGAUUUAAAUUUAAGUUGUAAAUACAAAGGUUACGUGAAUGUCUCGCAGCAGAUCAAAGCCUCCUUCAGUCACGAUGGCAAAUUUAUCGUUGCUGGUUCAGAAAAUCAAAAUAUUUACAUUUGGAAGACGAAUCAUGAUUAUGCAAAAUUAAGCUCGACACGACGCGAUCGCAGCGAUUUCUGGGAAGGCAUAAAGGCCCAUAAUGCCACUGUGACUUGUGCAAUUUUCGCUCCGCAUCCAGAAUUAAUUAUUAAGCCAGAAGUGGAAGAUGAAUUACCACCCGAUUGUCCCCCCGAUCCUCUCGUGGAACAACGCAGAAAAGGUUGUGGCGGGCACGUUCUAGUCUCGGCAGACUUCACGGGCUGCAUCAAAGUCUUCGUGAAUCGCAUGAAGCCCAAACACAGCAGUUUACCAUUCACAGCGUUGCAAGAAUAGAAGCCAUACGAUGAAAAAAAUGUUUUUAUUAAAAUAAUUUAAUAGUUUUUAGUCAUUCACGGGAUGGUUUUACGUUCACCAAGCACAAAUUAAUUACCGAUUUUGGAUUUUGUUUGAGAAAAAUUUUUAACUGAAGUAACCGAAGCAUUUCCAAUUUUGCGUUUUUGAAACGCAUUUUUAACAUUUUUUUUUUGAAAAUUUUUGAAUUGAAUUUUUUUUUUGGGUUUAAUUUAAUUUUUUGUCACAUAUUUAUCAAAAUAUUUAUUUAAAAAAAAAGUUUGAAAGAGUUUUUAAUUAUUUAUGUCCAGAAAUGCUCCAUUGUUGAUAAAAAUAGGUAGAAAAUAUAAAAGAUGUGUAACGUAAAAGCAUUAAAUAUGAAUUAAUUGCCUCAAAUUUAAUAAAAAAAAAAUUAA